AUGGCGACCACGGCCACUGACGUCGUCAGCAAUGGCGACGCAGGCGUUGUCCGCCCGCGCAAGGCCACUUCCGCCACCGUCCACGAAUACCUCAAGCGAGAAACGUCCAUCGACGGCUCCCUCAGUAUCCCCGAAAGCACAGCGAGCGCUGCCACAAGCGGCCGCUCAACACCCGUCGCCGAGAAUGCGCCCCCCUCCAACAAGGCCAUCUCCUCUGCUCGCAAGACCCUCCGCGCCGAGCAGCGCCAACAAGAACAGCAGCAGCAGCGCCGCCGCCGUAUCUUCCCAACUACCGACUUCGCCUCCCGCCUCUCCCACUUCGACCCAGACUCGGACUACCGCGACUUCCACGGCUUCUUCAACCUGUUCUGGAUUGGCCUCGCCAUCAUGGGCCUGACCACCAUGCUGCGCCACAUGAAGGACUCCGGCCGCCCCUUCACCUUCCAGAUCUGGUCCCUAUUCGCCGUCAAACUCGGCCACCUCGCCGUCGCCGACGCCCUCAUGGUCGCCACCACCGCCGUCGCCCUGCCCCUCCAUCGCCUGGCCCGCGCCGCGCCGCGCGACUCCGUCUGGACCUGGCGCCGCGGCGGCAUGGCCCUCCAGGCCAUCUACCAGGUCGCCUGGCUUGCCGUAUGGGUUGCUGUGCCGUUCUGGCUUGAGUGGACGUGGACGGCGCAGGUGUUUUUGCUGCUUCACACCAUGGUUCUGCUGAUGAAGAUGCACUCGUACGCCUUCUAUAACGGCCACCUCUCCGAGACGGAGAAGCGCUUGAGGAGGCUCGACGGGCCGACGCGGCGUGGCACCAGCGAGCGCUCCCCGCCGUACAUUUACCCCGUCGCCGCGGCGGAGCGCCGCUCUAGCAAGGCCGGCCUCGCCGUCGACCUCAGCGGCGGACGCGACGACGUCCACCAGCACCACGAGCACACGGACGGGCAGUCGCCGCUGUCCAAGCCCGAGCCCAACGGCAAGACCACCACCACUACCACCCACGAAUGCGACUCGGACGACGAGGUCGAGCUCCUCCGCGAGGCCCUUGCCCGCGAGCUCACCUCUCCCAUGGGCCACGUCACCUACCCGCACAACCUCACCUGGGCCAACUACGUCGACUACCUUCUGUGCCCGACACUCUGCUACGAGAUCGAGUACCCGCGCGUACCCACCAUCAACUGGACCUCCCUCAUCUCCAAGAUCGUCGCCGUCUUCGGCUGCAUCUUCCUCCUCACUAUCACCUCCGAGGACUUUAUCCUCCCCGUCCUCGCCGACGCCGAGGUCCGUCUCGCCGCAAUCUCCUCCGCCGCCGCCACGUCGUCGCCGCAGUCCUGGUCCCCCGCCGCGGAGACCCUCCUCGUCCUCGCGGAGACCAUCUCCUGGUUGCUCUUCCCCUUCAUGCUCACCCUGCUGCUCGUCUUCCUCGUCAUCUUCGAGUACGUCCUCGGCGCCAUGGCCGAGAUCACCCGCUUCGCCGACCGCCGCUUCUACGCCGACUGGUGGAACUCGACCGACUGGAUGGAGUUCUCCCGCAACUGGAACGUCCCCGUCCACGCCUUCCUCCGCCGCCACGUCUACUCCGCCUCGCGGCCCUUCACAGGGCGCGCCGGCGCCACCGCCCUGACCUUCCUCGUCUCCGCCGUCGGCCACGAGAUCGUCAUGGCCUGCAUCACCAAGAAGCUCCGCGGCUACGGCUUCGUCUGCCAGAUGCUGCAGCUGCCCAUCGUCGUCCUGCAGCGCACAAGGUGGGUGCGGGGGAAGAGGACGCUCAACAACGUGUGCUUCUGGUCCUCCAUGAUUAUGGGCCUGUCCCUCAUCUGCGCCCUCUACGUGCUGCUGUAG